AUGACAAACAAGAACAACAACAACAAUAAUAAUAAUAGUAAUAGUAAAAGAAUAACAGAUAGAGUAAAAAAAGGACAGAAAAAAGGAGGAGCACCAACCAAAUUGUUAUCAUUUGAACAAUUGGUAGCACAAGCAGAGAAAUAUGCAGAGGAAUACGAACUAGAAAAGGCUAUCGAUUCAUUUGAACGUGCACUUAAAAUGCAACCAAAGGAUACUACCAUUAUGGAUGCACUCGGUGAAUUGUGCAUAGAGAUUGGUCUGUUUGACAAGGCUACCAAACACUUUGUCAACUCUAUAAAGACUAAUCCAAAUGACAGUUAUACUAAAUAUAUGAAUCUUGGUCAACUAUUGGGUGGUCAAGAAGCAAUUAAAUCAUACACAAAGGCAAUAGAAUUGAUGGAGCUUCAAUUACAAUCUAUAAUGUCUCAAAUGACACCAGAACAAUUAAAGAAAUUGGAGGAAAGUUAUCAAAAAUUACAUAAUCAAAAGAAACAACAACAACAAGAAGAAGAAGAAGAGGGACAAGAAGAAGAGGGAGAUGAGGAACAAGAGGAUAUGAUGGAUGAUGAAGAGGAAGUAGUAGAAGAAGAACAAGAAGAAGAAGAGCCUGUAUUAUUUUUAAAAGACCAAUUAUCAUCUGCUUUGUGUUCACUUGCAGAAUUAUAUUUAACCGAUGAAUGUUUUGAUGAUAAUGCAGAGAUGGAGUGUGAGAAGAAUCUAAGAAAAGCAAUUGGAUAUGCACCUUAUUCACCAGAGCCAUAUAGUUUGUUGGGUAGUAUGAAGAUUAGUCAAUGCAAGAAUGAAGAGGCUCUUGAACUCAUCUCGCACUCUUAUACUAUUUGGGCUGAUUAUGAGAUUGAAGAUUUGCCAUCACUCGAAUAUCGUUUUGGUAUCGCUCAAAUGUUUGUCGAAUUGGAUCAAAAUAGAAUCGCUGUUGUCAUUCUCGAAUCGAUCGUUAAUCAACAAGAUAAUAUCGCUGAGAUUUGGUACACUCUUGGUAUGGUCUAUCAUAAUCUAAAGGAAGACAGAUCGGCCCAAGAUUGUUUGGAAACAGCUCUCAAAUUAUUGACCAUCGUAGCAAAGGGAGGUCAAGACAAGGAACUAGAAGACCAAAUCAAAUCAUUGUUGGUUACUGUCAAUGAAAUAGUUGCUACUCUUCCACCUGAAGAAGAUGAAGUUGAAGAAGAAGAGGAACAACAAAUGGAUGAUGAUCAAUAA